CAAUAUGAGUGUGACUGCGUUGUACAUUUUUUCCAGUCUCUAACACCGCUUGCUUGCUGUAGUGCACAUGGUGCCUUGAUAAAUAGACUUUUUUUUUCACGAAUCCUCCAGCAAGCCAUGGCUUAGGGAAGAGACAUGAGUAUCCAAACAGAGGACAGUAUCAGCCUGUGUAAGAAGGCUCUGCAGAUCGUUUCAGACCUUUGCCUUGGAGGGCAAGUAGAGUCGGAGAAAUGUUUAGGCAUCUUUCCCGUGGAGAGGAGCAAACCAGGUAAAGGUAGCGCAGACAUCUCAGUCAGUCUCCUUGCUGUAGUCGUCAGUUUCUGUGGGCUUGCCCUGUUGGUAGUCUCUCUCUUUGUCUUUUGGAAGCUUUGUUGGCCAUGCUGGAAGAGCAAGGCUCUCACAUCUCAUGCCAAUAACGUCCCCCAGAAUACCCCCAGCCCGACUGCAGAGGUGGUGGAGACUGAUAAAAAAAAGGAGAUAAAGGAAAAUGGGAAGAGCUCUGUGAAGCUUAUGGAGGCUGCCAUGAAGAUCAGCCAGACUUCCCCAGACAUCCCAGCCGAGGUGCAGACAGCUCUGAAGCAGCACCUCAUGAGGCAAACCAGAAUACAGAGGCAGAUCACAGAGCCCACCUCAUCAUCCAGGCAUAAUUCGUUUAGGAGGCAUUUACCUCGACAAAUGCAUGUGUCGAGUGUGGAUUUUAACAUGGACAGCUUUCAGAGGAGAGAGACAACCAUCAGCAUUGGGCGCAUAAAGCCAGAACUUUAUAAACAGAAGUCUGUCGAUUCUGAGGACAACCCAAAUGAGAACAUCAAAACCUGUGGAAAACUGAACUUCACGCUUCAGUAUGACUAUGAAAACGAGAUGCUUGUAGUUAAAAUUAUCAAAGCUUUAGAGCUGCCUGCCAAGGACUUAACAGGGACCUCCGACCCCUAUGUGAAGAUCUAUCUGCUUCCAGACAGAAAAAAGAAGUUUCAGACUCGAGUGCACAGGAAGACUCUUGAUCCCAUCUUUGAUGAGACCUUUCAGUUUCCUGUGGUGCAUGAUCAGUUAAGCAACAGGAAGCUUCACUUCAGUGUAUAUGACUUUGACAGGUUCUCCAGUCACAACAUGAUUGGAGAAGUUGUUGUGGACAAUCUGUUUGAGGUGUCUGAUCUCUCCAAGGAAACGGCUGUUUGGAAGGACAUUCAUUGUGCCACCGCAGAAAGCGUUGAUUUGGGGGAAAUCAUGUAUUCUUUGUGCUACCUACCAACUGCUGGGAGAAUGACACUGACUGUCAUUAAAUGCAGAAAUCUCAAGGCAAUGGACAUUACAGGCUCCUCAGAUCCUUAUGUUAAAGUGUCCCUUUUGUGCGAUGGCCGAAGGUUAAAAAAACGGAAAACCACCACCAAGAAGAGCACAUUGAACCCAGUUUACAAUGAGGCAAUCAUCUUCGACAUCCCCCCGGAGAAUGUGGAGCAGGUCAGCAUAGCCAUCAUGGUGAUGGACUAUGAUCGCGUUGGUCACAAUGAGGUGAUUGGGGUGUGCAGAGCUGGGCCUGAAGCCGCAGGUCUUGGGCGCGACCACUGGAAUGAAAUGCUGGCCUAUCCUCGCAAGCCAAUAACCCACUGGCAUGCACUGGUAGAGUGGCCUGGACAAACAACUAGUUUUGACAGUCAAGGGUCCUGUCCGUCACCAAAACCACCCCUGACACCGUAGAAGGAGUUUAAUGAAGUAGACUCUGCUCUUAGAAGAGUGUCACAAGCUACUGUACAUCUGGGGAUCAAACAACUGAUUAUUAUUAUUAUUAUUUAUUAUUAUUAUUAUUAUAUGGAGUGCAAUAGGUUAUGGAGGCUUGCUAAUGUGGGAACAUGAACCUUUGAAACGUCACAAACAAUCCUGAUUAUUGUCAAUAUGAUCUGUUAAAUUACAAUUGCUGUCUUUUAAAUGCUUUAUUAUUAGGUUUUGUUCUUCUGCAUCAAUAGUGGACAUGAUCUGUCAUUUGACUUAGAUCCCCAAGAAUGGACUUUAAUACAUUACAAAACUAGAAAUCAACUACAAAUCAUAUCAGAAUCAUAUCUUUAAAUGUUUUGUAUUGUAAAUACAAUGCAAGCUAGUUGAGGUGUAAAAUAUAGUAUUUAUCAAAUGUAAAGGCUUUAUACUUGAAUAUAUAUAAAGCUAUUAUAUUGUGCAGCUCUCCCUAUUGAGUUCUUAUUGAAUUAUCACUGCUUGAUCAUAAGCCUGACAGAACAUUGGAAACUGAACCGGAUCGUUAACAGAACAAAAUAUUCAAAGUGUAAGCGCAUAGAGAAACAUGGGUAAAACAGUUUUAAAUGCAGUUUUAAUGUUCUUAUUAAUGUGCUUUAAAAUUGUGUUUAUUUUUCCUGCCUUUCUGCCCUUUGUUUUAAAUAUCAUUGAAUAAAGAUAAGGACACAAUGUCUAUGUUUACAAUUGCUUUUAGCAAACUAGAACGGUACAUUAUCUUCCCAUAAUUUACUAUUUAUUCAUUAACAAGAAUAAUUAUUCAUGUAACUGCAAAAAAAAAACAGGUCUCAUUCAAAAGCCUUGACUUGUCUUAAAGGCACAGGUACACAUUUAA